CCUUUGUGGCAGUGUGCUCAGCGGCCCCACGCUGGGCCUGUCAGUAUCCCAGGGCUCAAUAUGCGGGGACCCCGAGCGUCAUGUUAAGGUGAAGCAGAGAGGCUCAGUACUGAACAUGCUAAGGAAGCUGGACAAAAUCAGGUUCAGAGGUCACAAGAGAGAUGACUUCCUCGAUCUAGCUGAGUCUCCGAAUGCUUCGGACACCGAAUGCGGAGACGAGAUUCCCCUGAAGAUCCCUCGGACCUCGCCCCGGGACAGCGAGGAGCUCAGGGACCCUGCUGGUCCAGGGACCCUCAUCAUGGCUGCAGGAGUCCAGGACUUCAACCGGACAGAGAUCGAUCGCUUGAAUGAGAUCAAAGGUCACCUGGAAAUCGCCUUAUUGGAAAAGCACUUCUUAC